UUCUGUUUUUAUCAAGGAGGCAGAAGCUGUCUUCUGGGUGAUUUGAAGGAACGAGCUUCAUUGUAUUGGUGCCGAGAGAGGUUCUUGAGCAGUGAUUUGUUCAGUAGAAAGGUGGGCACGCACCAGUGGAUCCCUCAACUCGUUUUGUUGGCUUGUGAUCAGGUGUCUCACGCACGAGAAUUGUCGAUUGUUCCCAGAGUUCGGUUUUUGUUGUGGAGAGAAAAAAGCCUGGGAUCGACAAACAAGUUUUGAUUGUAUCACCUGUGCGUUCUUCGAACGAGGCAUAGUUGCUAGGGUUUGUAGGAACACUUUCGAAGCCGCAUAAGUCAGCCUUUUCCCAGUCGUACCCUCUACCCACUUACUUGACUGCCCCUCAGAGGAACUGGACUUGUUGACGCUGUGAUGGCCUCUUCGAGUUUGCAGAAGGUCCUGGACGACGCACGCUGGUUGCUGUCCAAGGUACAAGCACAGGAGGCGGCGGCGGGAGGGCUGGAGCAGUGUGCAUCUGAGCUGAGAGCUGGCCUACAGCAUCGCACCACCGAAGUAACGAAUGGCACACAGGAGGCGAAGAUCCCUGAGAAUGAUAGCAAUGGCAGAGAGGCAUUGCCUAGACCCGGAGUGGGUGACUACUUCACGACGGAGCAGAGUCGACUGCGACAGCUACGCAAGGAGAACGACGACUUGCGCAUGGCACUGUCCGAGCACCAGCAUGUGCUCGAGGUCAUCAUGGUCAAGUACCGGCAACAGAUAUCGAUGCUUACUGAGGCUCGGCGGAAGGAGGAACCAUCGUCUAUCGAGAACCAAACACAACAAAUGCAUAGUAUUUGCCACCUGGCCACCCAGGCAGUUGGAAUGGUGUCGGCCAUGCGCAAAGCCUCCAACCUCGAGGAGGAUCUCUCCAUGAACGAGCAGGAGGCCAUGUCGCAGUUGCUGUAUCAGCAUCAGUCGCUGCACGAGAUGCUGGAGACAAGUCGGCCAUUCCUCUCGCACAAGCACUUGCAGACGCUGAUCGACCAGAAGGUAGUGGACCAGACGAGUACGCGCGACGCGGUGGCAUCAACGUAGCGUGUUCAGCGUGCGAUCCCGUACGCCUACUUAUCGCCUUGUUUACACGUGAUCAUCGCCAGACCACUGCUCUGUGUAGUACUAGCAGCACUAGCUGGGUGUAUAUCUUUUCCUAUUAAAAAAAAUCUCGGAAAACUCGAGUCUCACGCGAACCGUGAAUUUGUUUAGUAUUAAAACCGCCAGACUGGAAAACAUGUGUAGAGCUGGUGUGAAUAAACAAGCUCUCUUCUAUCAGUAACGCCACCGCUGCAUGAAGGUUCGGCAAGCGCGGUAUUCUCAAGCUGGCCAGCUAGUUGUGCAAGUCUUCCUGUGUAGUUCGCAUCACCAUGCUGUGUGACUGGCUGCUGGCAUCACCAUGCUGUGUGACUGCGCUGCUGGCAUCACCAUGCUGUGUGACUGGCUGCUGGUAUCACCAUGCUGUGUGACUGGCUGCUGGCAUCACCAUGCUGUGUGACUGCCCUGCUGGCACCACACUGCUGGAUAGCAGGUACCGUGUAGUAUAGAACUGCACUCCACGCUAGCUGUAUACAACGCCAUGCCCUGUGUCUGAAGCCGGACUCUAACUGUUACUUCAUGCAGCAACGCGCCUUACUCACCAACUAUCUGUCGAGACCAUGCUGUGACAUGCUGUGUCUGAACUCGGACUCUUACUGUAUUCAACGCCUUACUCACGAACUGUCUGUUGGCAUUGACAACACGCUGUCAGGUGCUUUGUCUGAAGCUGGACUCUACCUUUUUCGGGUUCCGUCGGCAGCAACAGUGAGUGGUGCUGGUGAUGAGUCUGUCGCGCUUCGUCUUCACCUCGACUUGGCCACAGUCACAGGUGUACUGCUCACUGCAGGUUUCCACAGUGGUCAUGACUCAUACUUGUACUCUAACCCAGGCGCUGUUCUCCUUUUUCUCAUACUCGUUUUUAAGCAAUAAUCAAGUUACUGUCUCCACGUUGAUUAUUUGUUUUUCUUUUCUUUUUUGCAAACCGGUGUCAGACGUGUCUAGUUUUUAUCACAACAAUUUCCAAUACUUGAUUUGAUGAUGGCUUAGGCUGUCUCAGUAGGCUAACAGUUAGGCCGAGCAUAUCUACCGCCUUGUAUGUGUGCGUGUGUGUGUGGGGGUGUGCGUGUGUGCGCGUAUGUGUGCGUGUGUGUGUGUGUACAUGUGUGUGCAUGCGUGUAGAGUACUGUUUUUCAACGCUUGUACUGCUCCUUGCCUUAUUUGACAGCUGUGAAACAGUUAGUCAUUUCUUUGGGGCUGAUUUUUCUCUAUUAACCGAUACGGUGGACUGAUGCUCUCUCUCUCUCUCUCUCUCUCUCUCUCUCUCUCUCUCUCUCUCUCUCUCUCUCUCUCUCUCUCUCUCUCUCUCUCUCUCUCUCUCUCUCUCUCUCUCUCUCUCUCUCUCUCUCUCUCACACACACACACACACACACACACACACACACACACACACACACACACACACACACACACACACACACACACACACACACACACACACUCUCACACACACACUCUCUCUCUCACACACACACACACUCUCUCUCUCUCUCACACACACCCGCACACACACACACACACACACACACUCUCUCUCUCUCUCUCUCUCUCUCUCUCUCUCUCUCUCUCUCUCUCUCUCUCUCUCUCUCUCUCUCUCUCUCUCUCUCUCUCUCUCUCUCUCUCUCUCUCACACACACACACACACACACACACACACACACACACACACACACACACACACACACACACACACACACUCUCACACACACACUCUCUCUCUCACACACACACACACUCUCUCUCUCUCUCACACACACCCGCACACACACACACACACACACACACACACACUCUCUCUCUCUCUCUCUCUCUCUCUCUCUCUCUCUCUCUCUCUCUCUCUCUCUCUCUCACACACACACACACACACACACACACACACACACACACACACACACACACACACUCUCUCUCACACACACACUCUCUCUCUCUCACACACACACACACACUCUCUCUCACACACACACACCCGCACACACACACACACACUCUCUCUCUCUCUCUCUCUCUCUCUCUCUCUCUCUCUCUCUCUCUCUCUCUCUCUCUCUCUCUCUCUCUCUCUCUCUCUCUCUCUCUCUCUCUCUCUCACUCACUCACUGCUAGCUGCCUUCAGGUUUUAUCCGUUGUAUUUGUUUGUGGUGCAGGCACCAUUGACAUUGUAGCAUGGCAUGAUACUGUACUUCUCUUCUUUCAUCUUUGCUCGUAGUCUUGAUCCUUCCGCUUUUAUGUAGCUUCCUUUGUCGCAGCCAUGUGUUCCUGUUGCUCCAUUCGUUCCUUUGCUGUGUCUGCAUCGUUGAUAUGUGUACCACCACCAGGAUAUGAUUGUAUCUACUAUCGAG